AGACAGGAAACGCAAAUGCCGCCACUAGUAGCAGAGCCAAGGCUUCUACACCGAAGAAGCCUGCCAAAGCUCCUAAUUCUAGUGGAGGAAACAAGAAUGGUGGUAAUAUCCCGGUGUCAAAGAUGGGAUCGAAAGAGACAAGAACGCGCAAGUCUAACCCAACUCCACCCAAAGCAGUGAAAAAGACGUCUUUGCCGGCAAAGAAAACUAAUACUACUACUAAGGCGAUGAAGAAAUAAGUACUUGCUCUUCUAGAAGUGAAGAUAUUAGAGAACCCGUACUAUGUAUUUCUAUUUCGACUUUCGAGUGACUACAGAUGUUUACGAGAAUCUACAUCUACUUCCCGAUGGUCUCAUUACGGUACUAUUUUCCAGUGACUAGAACAACUUGCUUACUUCAUGGGCACACGAUUGCUUUCCAUCGACUAGAAUCUACUACUCGCUUUCGCUCGCACGAUAUUCUCUGGGUAUUGAUAGAUGUUCAAACGUCAAAAUGUAUCCUCUGGGGGGAUCCACUACUGAUCAAUUGUGGUCAAAUUUUUUAGUUUUUCAAUGAACAAUAUUUAUGAUUGUUCAUGCCGCACAAUCUAAGAGGCAAUGAUGCGAGCAUCUCGUGUACAACCACACGCAAAGACAAUAGAAACAACCGAGUACUAUUAAAUUGUCACGCAAUUCAAUCAAGUACAAAUUUUUCAAAUCAAAUUUGUUUAUACCAAUUAAGUAGUACACUUCCUUACACGCACACAAAGAUUGUGCAUUGGCUAGGAUUACAUGAGUAUUCAUGUCGGCCAAGAACCGUAACCAAUAGCUCUUUGGAAAUUUUACUAGGGAUAGGGAAGUGCUGUGCGCGAUUGCAACCACAUAUUUUUAGUUCUCUUGUGACUAGGGAAUACUUUUAUCGCCACAGCUCCGCUAU